AUGUCGACAUGGCAGAUAUUUUCCGACGCCGGAAACAAUUACCGGUGGCAAAUUCGUGAAGAAGGAGCUUCAAAUGCCACUGCACCUUUGCACACUCCCAUUGCCACCGCACCCCUCCCUUCCAUGUUCGAUCUUCUUCUCCAAGGCUGUUCAAUUCUCAAUGAAGGCACUCCAACUGUUAUUGGCGAGGAUGCUGUUGCUGAAGGUGAAGAGCAUGCAAUAGAUAAUAUUUGUAGCUUCUCAAAUUCUCUUUUUAAGACAGGCUCUGGAAAAAGAGUUAAUAUAUCUUCUAGUGGUCUGGUUAGAGCAAAGACAUUACUGGGAUUGAAAGAAGACACUGUUGGCUGUUCAGAUCACAAUGAAGGGACUCCAACUGUUCUUGGCGAGGCUGCUGUUGUUGAAGUGCCUGAUAAAUUUCCAAUCCCAGUUAUUGAGGAGUUAUUGGAUGCAUUAGGAGGGUCAAAUGUUUAUUCAAAGUUGGAUCUUAAAUCUGGUUAUCACCAGAUUAAGAUGAUGGAAGAUACCCCAAAAAUGGUUUCUCGUACUCAUGAAGGCCAUUAUGAGUAUUUGGAGGGAGUAAGAGCUGAUCCUAGAAAAAUUGAGGCAAUGACUAUAUGGGAGAGACCUAAUGAUGUGAAGGGUCUGAGAGGUUUCCUAGGAUUUAUCGGUUAUUAUAGAAAGUUUGUGGAAGGCUAUGGGAAAAUUGCGAAGCCACUGACAGACCUCCUUAUAAUGGAUAAUUUUUCUUGGAAUGAUGAAGCACAAUUAGCUUUUGGAAAACUGAAAAUUGCUGAGUUCAAUCCCAGACCUAGCUCUCCCAAGAAGAUUAAGGUUAAGGCCAUGGCUGAUUGGCCUACACCUAAAGAUAUGAAGGGUCUUAGAGGUUUUUGGGGCUCACAGACUGCUAUAGAAGAUUCAUUUAGGGGUAAAGAGCAUGCAACAGGUAAUAUUUGCAGCUUCUCAAAUUCUCUUUUUAAGACAGGCUCUGGAAAAAAUGUUACUAUAUCUUCUAGUGGUCUGGUUCGAGCAAAGACAUUAUUUGGACUGAAAGAAGACACUGUUGGUAGUAAUAUCCAAAGCCCUCAGCAUACAGAAAAAUUGCAUGCUAUUGGUGAAACAUAUGAAAGGCAACCAUCACAUACUAUACAGCCACAUAAAGUUAUCAACAGUAAUAAGAUGAUGACGAACACUGUAUCAUGUCGAAGUCCUUCAGUUGGUAGUAGUCACACAUUGAAUGGCUUUGAAAGAAAGAUUGUUCAACCUGAUAAACAAGCUCCACUUAAAUUCCACACUGCUGGGGGAAGGUCUAUAUCCAUUUCGAAUGAUGCACUGCAACGUGCUAGGAGCCUUCUUGGUGACCCAGACCUGGGAGAUUUCUUUGAUGGAGGGGAUGCUGGUGAUUCAAUUUUCUCAUUUCCAAAUAAUAGACAAACCAACGCUACUUUAUCUUGUGAUAGGAGUGAUCGUAAUACUCCUUUGGUCCAUCAGAUAACAUAUGGGAACAAUCAUAUGACAAAAAGUUGCACAUACCCCUUGCAGUCUUCUAGACAAAAAGACUUUUCAAGCAAGUAUCUUUGUGAAGGUACUGGGAAUAACUUAAUGAUGAAAUUUGAUGCUGUUGGGAAUGAAAAUGAUUAUUGCCAUAAAAGUAGCAACACUUGUGGACAGAAACCCUUAUAUGACAGGAACCAAGAGCCAGACUCAACAUUAUAUCAUUCUUCAUUGAAUGGUCUUUCUUCAAAAAUAGAUUCACGUGGAAUGUCAUUAGGCAGGCCAUUGGCUGAUAUUUCCAAUGCCAGUAACACAGUUCAUACAAACAGUAGACAACCUGCUAGUGGAAAAAGGAGACUGGGAUUACGGGUAACUGUUUCUCCCUUCAAAAGGCCUCGUAGUUCUCAAAUUUCUAUCCCUUUAGGCCAGGAUGUUGGAGUUUUUCCUAAUGAUUCAUCUCAAUUAUGCUCUGGUGCUUCUGGAUGCAAAAGAAAGCUUUCUACCCGGUAUCCAUUUCGGUAUCCAAGGAUGCACAUUAAGGAAUUUUUUGCAGCACCUCCAUUAGAGCAGAAAGUGGUGAGUUUAAUCCCAAACCAGGUCAGACAAGUGACAUCAGGUAAUGCAGAAAAGUACAUGUUUCGUGAUGGGUCUGGUGAUAAUGAUAUGGGAGCAGAAGCUUUUGGCAAUCUAUUGGCUCAGUGUGGAGCUUCCAUGGAUUUUGCUUCUAAAGAGUGGGUCAUGAAUCAUUACAAGUGGAUUGUCUGGAAACUGGCAUGCUACGAGAGAUGCAAUCCAGCUAGGUCUGCCGGAAAAUUUUUGACUGUAUUAAAUGUACUUGAGGAACUGAAGUACAGAUAUGAAAGAGAAGUGAGUCAUGGCCAUCGGUCUACCAUCAAGAAAAUUCUUGAAGGGGAUGCGUUGCCUUCUUCAAUGAUGAUUCUCUGCAUUUCUAGCAUCCACUCUGAUCAUGGACCGGAAAGUGUGGCUUUUUUUGAGACACAAACCGGGGCUCAGAACAGGGGCGUAGUAAAAGCUGAACUAACUGAUGGAUGGUAUUCUCUGAGUGCCAUUUUAGAUGUUCCACUGUCAGAACAACGAGCUGCUGGAAGAUUGUUUGUGGGACAGAAGCUUCGGAUCUGGGGAGCAGGAUUAUGUGGCUGGAAUGGGCCAGUCUCCCCUCUUGAGGUAUCGUCAACAGUUAGUUUAUUGCUUCACAUAAAUGGAACAUAUAGAGCUCAUUGGGCAGAGCGAUUAGGAUUUUGUAAGGCUGCUGGUCCACCUUUGGCUUUCAGAUGCAUAAAAAGUAAUGGCGGUUUAAUCCCUCAAACUAUGGCGGGAAUUACCCGCAUAUAUCCUAUUCUUUACAAGGAAAGGUUAAGCAAUGGACGGUCAAUUGUCAUAUCAGAGAGGAUGGAAAAUAAAUUGAUGGAGCUGUACAAUCAGAGACGCUCUGCUAUUGUGGAUGACAUCAUUUCAGAGUAUCAGAAGGACGGAAGAGAUUCACAUCUUUAUGAUGAUAGUGAAGGGGCUAAGAUUUAUAAGAUGCUGGAGACAGCUGAAGAACCGGAAUUCCUAAUGGCAGAUAUGAGUCCAGAGCAGCUAAGUUCUUUUGCUGCUUAUAAGGCCAAAUUAAAUGCGAGCAAACAAUCAGAAAUGGAAAAAUCAAUUGAGAAAGCUUUGAAAGAUGCUGGCUUAAGACAUAGAGAAAUCACACCAUUUAUGAGGUUGCGGGUAGUUGGAUUAACUUACAAAAAUCGACACGACAAGCCUAAGGAAGGCGUUGUAACAAUCUGGAACCCAACAGAGAAGCAGCGUCAGGAGCUAGUAGAAGGAGAAGCAUAUGCAAUUGCAGGACUCAUCCCAUCAGGUUCUGAUUUCGAUAUCCUUCACUUGCAGACUAGAGGAUCUUCUACCAAGUGGUUGCCUUUAUCUUCUAAUGCAAGGGAACAGUUUAAGCCAUUUUUCCCCAGUAGAAAAUCGAUCUCAUUGUCAAGUUUGAGUGACAUCCCUCUUUCCAAUGAGUUCGAUAUUGCUGCAUAUGUUGUGCAUGUUGGAGAGGUUUAUACAACUAGUCAGCAAAAGAAGCAAUGGGUUUUUGUGACUGAUGGAUCCAUCAUGGAUGGUUUACAGUCAGAGAAGUUAAUCAACUCUUUGCUUGCCAUCUGCUUUUGCUCUCCAUCCAUUGAUUAUGAUUCAUUUCCACCAAUCAACUAUAACCUUGUUGGAUCUACGGUUGGUUUCUGCAAUCUUAUAAAAAGGGAAAAGGACCAUACAAACCAUAUAUGGGUUGCUGAUGCCACUGAAAACUUAACUUAUUAUUUGAAUUUUGAUUCCAAGCACUGUUCUCACUUCAGAAACGCUGCCAGCUCCGUCAGAAGAUGGGCAAACAAUUCUAGUUCGACAAUAGAGAAACUCAAGGAAAAGGUGUUGUUUGUGGUUGGUGAUUGUAAAGCCUAGAAGGAGAAAAGAAACAUAACUAAAGAUGUGCAUAUGUUCUAUUGUCUAUGUAAUAAUACAGAGUUUCGGAAAUCUAUGACCUGACAUCAGUUAAAAGCUAACCUGUCAUUAA